AUGGGCAAUCAUCAGACUGGCUCGGAAGAAGAAAUGUUUCGCAUCAUGGAAUUUGACGAAAUUCAAACCGUCAAUGCAAACUAUGUUUCUGGACUACCAGUUAAUGGGACAGCAGCGGAAGCAAUAGCAGAAGCAACACCAGAAGCAACACCAAUAGCUUCAUCGACUACUGUGAAUGAAGACUCGGUUUUCUUAAGUAGGAAUCAAAAUCAAAAUCUUAACCAAAAUCUUAACCAAAAUUUCAACCAGAACCAGAAUUUUGUUCAACAAUUUCCAAUACUAGGAGCCACACAACAUGAAGCACCUCAAAUGCCAACAGCCACAGAGUUACCGUACAAUUACAACAUCAAUAAUAAUAUCAACUUUAACGACAUGCAAAAUAUAAACUACAACAACAACUACAACGUCAAUUACAGCUUCCAUCAACAACAAGACUAUGCAUCCCUGCCACAUCUUCAAUGCAAUCUCACAGAUACCCCUCAACAAUUUCGCCAGUCACUUCAGUUCCAAGGAUCAUUACAACCGCCAUAUCAGUCUUACCAAUUACAACAAUACGAACCUAAUCAGCAGGUCCAACAGGUCCAACAGGCUCAACAAGUUCAACAGGUCCAACAGGUCCAACAGGCUCAACAAGUUCAACAGGUCCAACAGCCUCGUGAAUCUAGCGCGUGUUUGGAAUUGCCAGUGGAAAGACGCAUUGUUGCUACGCGCAAGGCAAAGCCUGUGCUGCGCUCAAGACGUGUGUGCGACACAUGCCGUUUAAAGCAACUCAAAUGCGACAAAGCCAAACCACGUUGCGGACAGUGUGUGCUUGAUGGUACAAAGUGUGUUUAUAGAGUAUUGCUUCAAUUUAAAGAAGACGUCGAAUCAAAAGGUAAGAGAUUUGGAAGAGAAGGCAUAAACUCAGUGGGAAAACUAACCACUGACGAAUUGGUGUUGCGAGGCAAAUUGUCUCACUAUCAGCAAAUUCAACACAAAGAUAAUGUACAGUUUAUCAACACUCAUUAUAAUGAUAUCACAGGCGAACAUGACCAAAAUGAAGCCAAAUUACUCCCAUCUUUGCAGUCUUCUAUUAUCCCACCCGAUGUGAUGUUUUUAGAACAACAAGAUUCACAUUUAGUUGAUUUGGCAUUGAAAUUCUACCUUGAUUAUUUGCAACCCAUUCUCAAUUCACCUGGCAAUCGACCAAUUCGUUAUCAGCAACAAGGCUUGGAUAACGCUGCUGGUAGCGACUCAAAUUCUAGUUUUGAGGGACAAAUGGUAACUGGACGUGGGGUUGACUUGGGGUGCUUGAUAAAUGUUACACAACAUAAUCAAUCGCUAUUUUACUUCUUAAUUGGCUUGAGUUCACACCUUCUUGCCAAAACAGCUAGUACAUCCGCUCAAAAAGAACUUUGGCAAGAGAGAUCUCAAUAUUAUAAAAACAUGGGAUUAAUGGAGGUGCAGCCACUUAUCAAUCAGCUUGAAAAAGACGAGCCACUCAAUAUUGAAAAAAUUUCCUUAAUUGACACUUUGCUUUCACUCAUGCAUGUUUUGUUGUUUGAAAUUGCAGAUAAUUCAAAUAAGAAAUGGUUGUUGUAUCUUCGACUUUGCCGAAAAUUGUUGAGUCAGUUUAGGAUAACAAUGUCGAAAGACAGUACUGCUUAUUACCUACUCAAAUUUUCUUUAGAGUUUCUCCAUUACCAUGAAAAUGUUGGACGUACUGCUUGUAAGGAUCCAAGUUUGUCAUUUUUGCUGGUGACGGAUAAGCUUGAACAUGAUGACGAAAGUUCGCUAGAUGAUGGACAGUUUGAGUUUAUAACUUGGAUGGGUAGUGACAAGCGUCUUAUAAGAUUGAUUUCGGAUAUUACCGAUUUGUCAUUUGAAAGAGUCAGGAGAUCAAAAUCAGAAAAAGAAUAUCUCUUUAAAUGUGGUGAGCUUAAACAAAGGCUUGACAAUUUAAAAGUUUAUGAUACAAAUUUGGAAAUUGCAGUCACAGACACGGAUCCAAAUUCGAAGCCAAAUGUUGAUGCAUUUGCAAGUACAAACUUAAACGCAGAGUUAAAAACAAAGUCAAAGGUCGACUUUUCUGAUGUUUCCGAUUAUGUCCUUGUGUCAGAAGUUAAAAGACUCACGACAGAAUUGUAUAUGAACUGUUGCCUUUUGAAUAUGACUCCCGAAGAUGACGAAGUCAUGGAAUUAGUCAAGCAAAUAUUAGAGUUGCUCCAAUUAGUCAUAUUUACACGAGAUUAUCACUGGGGUGGUCCAUUAAUAUGGAGUGUUUUUGUUGCUGCUGUCGAAAUAUCUGUUCUCCAUUCAAAUUGCGAGGACUUACGAUAUACUGUUUUGCAACUUUUAGACACCCUAGAGUAUAAAACAUUGGGUAAUAUUUCGCGAACAAGACAAAUCAUUUUGGGUGUAUGGAAAAAGAGAGAUUUGGACAAUAGUGAUUUGCAUAGCAUGGGUGUUGUGGAUACAAACAGUCGUAAGUUUAAAAAGAGAAAGAAAUUUUUGGGCUUUGAGAACGAUUGGGAAAAAUAUGUCGUUGACAAAAAUUAUGGUAUUGCCCUUUCAUAA